AAUCAUUUAGGGUUCUACAACACUACAUUUCCCCUGCUGCCGCUUCUUCAAACCCUAGAAAAAACCAGAGCUUCAUCGUCAAGGUUUCUCUGUGUUAUCACAAAUCAUGGCAGACAAUCUAUUCCUUCGCGGAACAAUGAAAGGUCACGAUGACAUGGUUACAGCCAUCGCUUGUCCAAUCGAUAACUCAGACAUGAUUGUUUCAUCUUCUCGUGACAAAUCCAUUCUGGUUUGGACUCUUACCAAACAAGGAGAAAACUAUGGAGUUCCUAAACGUCGUCUCACUGGUCAUGGUCAUUUUGUUCAAGAUGUUGUAUUAUCAUCUGAUGGUCAGUUUGCAUUAUCGGGUUCAUGGGAUGGUGAGCUUCGUUUAUGGGAUCUUAACACUGGUGUAACUACAAGAAGAUUUGUUGGUCAUACUAAAGAUGUUUUGUCUGUUGCUUUCUCGAUUGAUAAUCGUCAGAUUGUAUCUGCUUCAAGGGAUAGAUCUAUUAAGCUUUGGAAUACUUUGGGUGAAUGCAAGUAUACGAUUCAAGAUGGUGAUUCACAUUCUAACUGGGUGAGUUGUGUUAGGUUCAGUCCUAAUACUUUUCAACCAACUAUUGUAUCUGCUUCAUGGGAUAAGACUGUUAAGGUUUGGAAUCUGAGUAAUUGUAAGUUGAGGAAUACUUUGGCUGGACAUGGUGGGUAUGUUAACACUGUUGCUGUUUCACCUGAUGGUUCAUUGUGUGCAAGUGGUGGUAAAGAUGGUGUUACAUUGUUGUGGGAUUUGGCUGAGGGUAAGAAGUUGUAUUCACUUGAUGCUGGUGGUAUUAUUCAUGCUUUGUGCUUCAGCCCAAAUAGGUAUUGGCUUUGUGCUGCUACUGAGGAAGGUGUCAAGAUUUGGGAUCUUGAGAGUAAGAGUGUCGUUCAGGAAUUGAGGGUUGAACCUGAUGCAGGAAAGAAUAAGACAUUUUACUGCUCAAGCUUGAACUGGAGUUCCGAUGGAAGUACCCUUUUCACUGGCUACACAGAUGGUGGCAUUAGAGUUUGGGGAGUUGGCCGCUUUUAAGAUAAAGCUUCUUAUGAAUCUGUUAGUAAAACCUUUUUGGUAGAGUAUGGUCUUUUAUGGAAAAGACAACGGUUGCAGGUUUAAUUUUUUUGAAUCGUUUCUUUGAUCUGGUGUGAAAGACCAUGAGUAAUGAGGCGAGAUAUUUAUACUUGGGCUUUUAUUACUCUUUUUUUUUUCAUUUUUUUUGCUUGUUUGAGUUGAUUGUUUAGAUUAAACAGCUUUUCCAUUUUGGGACAAGGUGCAGUAAGUUCUACUUUUCAUAAGAUCAAUUGUAGUUACCUUCUGUUCCACUUCCAGGGUCAGCAAUUUUGAAUUUCUAAAUCCGUAAAAAAGAUAUAGUAGAGUUGCCACA